AUGCCACGUCUCUAUCACUCAAAGUCCAAGACUGGAUGUGCACGGUGUAGGACACGCCGAGUCAAGUGCGAUGAAGUCCGGCCUGUGUGCGGUGGAUGCAGCAAACAUCAAGUACGUUGCCAUUAUGAUCGAGUAGCACCAGCAGCAGCAUCGGCACCACCAAGGAUAUUGGCACCAGCGCGAACUUCACAUGUCACCAAUGUCAACUCCGCAUCAGCAUCAUCACCAGAUCACGACAGCAUUGCAUCUUCCGGUCAUGGUCCAGCAGAGAGUUCUCAGCGCCGAUAUCUUGAGCUGCGUCUGCUACAUGUUUAUAUGUCAGAGAUAUGCCCACAGCUUCCAGGUACACAUCUACCAGCCCUUGAAGCCUUAUGGAGCAAAGACGUACCGAAGCUGGCUCUGGAAAAUGAGCCGCUGUUGAACUCCAUUUUGGCGUUGUCUUGCUUUUACCUGAUCGCGGAGGGUAAGGACCCAGACCCAGAGCUUCAAAUAGCUCGUGCAAAUUAUCUCGGAGCCGCCAUUGAAGCACACCAAACAAACCUGUCAGGCAUGACAACUGAUAAUGCCGACACGGCAUGCUUUGUCUCAGUACUACUUGCCGUGGAUUCAUUUGCAAAUCUCAUGAUUCGCCCGCUCUCGCCAUAUGAACCGCCAUUUCACUGGCUGCAAAUGUCACGAGGCCUCGGUGGUGUCUUCCGAGAAGCAACGUCCCUCUUGCGUAACGACGCUCAUGCAAAGAUGCGACCUUUGCUCGCAGAUAGGUCUUACGUGCAUCAAAGCGUUGUGUUUGACAGGUCAAAUCUCCGAGGUCUGGAGCAUUUAGUGGCAUUUAAUGAGUCCGAAUUUCAAGAUGAUGAAGACGCAGAAGCAUACGAGAAAGUCGCAUUCUUCAUAGGUUCUGUUAUUCAAGCUCGAAGGGCGGGAGAGAAUCCAAGGAUGAUCACUAGGAGGCUGACAUCGUUCUGGGUUCUUGCUCCGGGACGAUACGUCGAGUUACUGCAACUACAGAGACCACGAGCCUUAGUACUCCUGGCUUAUUUCUUCGGACUAGCGAGCUGGGUUGAUAACUUUUGGUGGAUCGGCAGGUCUCCCAGCAGAGAGAUCAAAGCGAUCAAGAGUCACUUGGGAGCUGAGUGGCAGGAGUCUUUAUCGUGGCCGCUGGAACAGCUUACCAGACAGCCUUUUCGGGGUCAGGAAGAGAUCGGAAAUGCGUCAGAGGAAUCGCCGGGUUAUUAG